CAAUUUUCUUUAAAAAAAAAUCAUGUCCAACUUCGAAUUUCUAGGAAAUUUGCUCGGAAGCGAAUAUCUUCCGCUGCCUUCUAUUCAUUUUUGUUCCCACAACAUCGGUAUUCAUGGCUGCCAAUUUCUGGACUUCAUCUCAUUACAAACAACUAUUAGAUCCAGAAGAGGUAGAUACUGUUCAACAACUUGAUAGAGAUCGAGGGAUUACUCUUGAGGAUUUCAAGCUUAUCAAGAUGCAAAUGUCCAAUUAUAUUACAAAAUUGGCCCAGAAUGUGAAAGUAAGACAAAGGGUUGUUGCUACUGCUAUAACAUAUAUGAGACGUGUUUAUAUCAGCAAGAGUUUGACUGAAUAUGAUCCACGUCUCGUUGCACCAACUUGCUUGUACUUAGCAGCAAAAGCAGAGGAAAGCACUGUACAGGCUAGACUUCUGGUAUUUUACAUCAAAAAAUUGUAUCCUGAUGAUAUGAGAUACCGGUUUGAGAUUAAAGAUAUUCUCGAAAUGGAAAUGAAGGUCUUGGAAGCUCUCAACUACUAUUUAGUCGUAUUUCAUCCUUACCGUUCACUAACUCAAUUCCUUCAAGAUGGUGGUAUAAUGGACCUGAUGCAGUUCACUUGGGGUAUUGUCAACGACACAUAUAAGAUGGAUCUUAUUCUUAUUCACCCUCCGCAUUUGAUUGCGCUGGCUUGCAUAUACAUAGCUAGUGUUACAAAAGAUAAGGACAGUGUCACAUGGUUUGAAGAGCUUCGAGUCGACAUGAAUGUGGUGAAAAACAUAUCAAUGGAGAUACUAGAUUUUUACGACAGUAUGAAGAAUAACAUCGACGAAAGAGUGAGUGUUGCUUUCAGCAAGCUGCCUAUAAGAGGAUGAUGUUGAGAUUAGCUCUAGUUUGUUGUGUAUAAUUUAAUGUAAAAUGAUCCUUUUAACUGUUUCUUGAAGAUUAAUAGAUGCUUGCUAGUUGCUAACUUUGUUAGAAUGAGUGAAACAAAAACAUUCCAUAAAUGUGAAAAUAAGUUUUAGUUUUCGCGAAACAAGGAGAAGUUUUAUGAUUAAAAACUCCCAAA